AUGUUGUCCUCCAGAUUGUUGAACGCCUCCCGUCUUGCUGCUCGCAGAUCCUACGCUACCCAAGUUGCCAAGUUCAACGGCCAAAAGAAUGCUAACGGUACCUACACCGUCUCGUUCAUCGAAGGUGAUGGUAUCGGGGUCGAAAUCUCCCAAGCCGUUAAGGACAUCUACAAAGCCGCCAACGUCCCAAUCGAAUGGGAAUCCUGUGACGUGACCCCAUUGUUGAUCAAUGGUAGAACCACCAUCCCACAACCGGCCGUCGACUCGAUCAACAAGAACUUGGUCGCCCUUAAAGGUCCUCUCGCUACCCCAAUCGGUAAGGGUCACCAAUCCCUUAACUUGACCUUGAGAAGAACUUUCAACUUAUUUGCCAACUUGAGACCAGCCAAGUCCAUCGUUGGUUUCAAGACCCCAUACGAUGACGUCGACAGUGUUUUGAUUAGAGAAAACACCGAAGGUGAAUACUCUGGUAUCGAACACACCAUUGUCCCAGGGGUUGUCCAAUCGAUCAAGUUGAUCACCAAGCCAGCUUCCGAAAGAGUCAUCAAGUUUGCCUUUGAGUACGCCAGAUCCGUCAACAGACCAGAAGUUGUCGUUGUCCACAAGGCCUCGAUCAUGAAGCUUUCCGAUGGUUUGUUUGUCGAAACCGCCAAAGAAGUCGCCAAGAGCUUCCCAGACAUCAAGUUGGGCUUUGAAUUGUUGGACAACACCUCUUUGAAGAUGGUUUCCGACCCAACCAAGUACUCCAACCUCGUCAUGGUCAUGCCAAACUUGUACGGUGAUAUCAUGUCCGACUUGGCCUCUGGUUUGAUUGGUGGUUUGGGUUUGACCCCAUCCGGUAACAUGGGUGACAAGGUUUCUAUCUUUGAAGCCGUCCAUGGUUCUGCCCCAGAUAUCGCUGGUAAGAACAUGGCCAACCCAACCGCUUUGUUGUUGAGUUCUUGUAUGAUGUUGAGACACAUGAGCUUGGACACUUAUGCCGACAAGAUCGAAACCGCUGUGUUGAAGACCAUUGCCUCUGGUCCAGAAUCCAGAACUAAGGAUUUGAAGGGUGAUGCCACCACUUCUCACUACACCGAACAAGUCAUCAAGAACUUGUAA